UCUCACUUCUUGGAUGUUGUAAACUCGUUACCAACAAAAGCGAGUUGGAUUAGUGAAAGCUGCAGACUUCUAGAAUGAUCUACUUUCUCCUUAAGAGCUUGAACCAAUAGUCAAAGUAGAGGAAGUAGAGCAGUGGAUCCUGCAGACCAGGUUUCCCUCCAAAACUUGGUGGUGCAUUCACAGCCAGCUUUCGGAUUGGGGCUCACUUAUAAAGGUACUCAGGUUCAGUUCACUUCAGUGUGAAUGCAAACGGUUUCCCUAGUGGACCAGUAAGCCAAACGUGAAGCAGGAACACCUGCUGAAAUCCCCGCAGGCUGCAGAUCCGAAACACGCUUCGUGGCUUCCCCCUGUGUGACGGUCCCCUCCACCCCCCUCCACCCUCCCACCAGCGGGAACAAAAAGACAUCUGAGACUUAGGGAUGGGGAGGAAAACCUCUCAGCGCUCUGUGAGGCCGCCGCCGUUGCCGCGCUCCGGUUUCACAGCCUCAGACAGGCGGAGCGGCGCGCUGUUUUUACGCACAGCAACCCUCCUGCGGGGCAUUCUAGGCGCUGUCCCGGAGCUGUUAGGCACCUUGCUGUGGGAGAAACGCCACUUCAUUGGAUACCAGAACCUCGAUUAAGGUGAUUUUUCUCUUCUUUGUACGUGUUUCUGUACAGAGGACACGCGUGGCUGCCCAAACGUGACGCGCGGACGUUUUUUCUUUUCAAACUGGGAUAUUUUUCCAAAUCUAAAAGCGACUUUGGCGCAGUUCUACGAGGUUUUACAUCAUAUUUCGACCUUCUUCAUAAGGGAAGCCGAGAGGAAUUUUUUCCACGUUGUUAUUUACUCAUUAACUUCACAAGCUUUUAGGAGACAAGACUGAACAGGUCGCAGUCGGUAAGAAAAGGGGAGCAGUGCCUUAAAAACUAGCUUCAUUUCAUCAAGCGAUGUGAGUCACCAAAGACACAAGUAUUAAGGGGUACAGAUCCUGCAAGAGGCCUUGGCAGCACUGAGAGCAGAGGAGAGGCGUUCUGUUGGCGCACAAAGGAACAGGAGGAGGUGCCUCUCGCCUUGAAGCUGCGCCGCUUUCGGACGGAUUCUUCAUGUUCGCUCCAGCCUCAGAGGAGACAGCCCGCUCCGAACGUUUACGUGCCGUGACAGCACGCUGUCAGACAUGACGCACCGCGGCGUAUGGAUAUCCAGGGACAUGAGCGGAAAGCAGCGCGGGAGAGGCGGCUCUCCGUUCCGCCACGGUGCGCUCUUGAAACAGAAAGCCCACGCGACAGCAGGUGGAUCCAGAUGGAGGGUUCGGCGGAGGGACAGACGGAGCUCCGCUGUCACGUCGGCAAGCGCCAAGGUGUUGCUUUGGGUGCUGGUUUCUCUGCUGCCUGUGGUGGAAGGAGCUCACAUGAGAGCAGCUGCUAAGGGAUCGGACUCCGGCCACGCUGUGGGUGUCCUGGGAAGCCAGGAGGAGAAGGAGUUUCCAGUGACGCUGCCGGAGGUGGUGGAAGACAAGGAGCAGGAAGACGACAGUGACCCCCACUCUACCUGGCACGCUCUAUACGAGCCUUUUGUGAUGGAUGAGAUGGACGACCAUCCAAGCAUCCGCUGGGCGGGGCGCUCCCCACGCUCCUCAGAUCCCACAGAACCCCAAUCCAAAGGAUCUCAGAAGAAAAAGAAGAGGAAGAAAGAGCCGGAGGAUGAGGAGGAGGCAGGAAAAGCAGACAGAAGGGGCAGAGACAGAAGCAGACCCUCAAAGCAGAGCAGCAGGGACUGCCGCGUGGAGAAGAGGCAAAUGAAGGUGCGGGACCUAGGACUGGGCUUCGACUCGGACGAGAUCGUCCUCUUUAAGUUCUGCGUGGGCUCCUGUCAGUCUUCGAGGACGAACUACGAUUUGGCACUGAAAGCGCUGCUACAGAACGGCUCGCUGCCUCGUCGCACAGUCCGCAAGGUCACCAGCCACCCCUGCUGUCGACCCGACCGCUACGAGCCGGUCUCCUUCAUGGAUGCCCAAACGACGUGGAGGACCAUCCAGUCCUUGUCUGCCGCCAGCUGUAUGUGCAUGGGCUGAGGAGAAAAACCAGGGUAGGACAGUGACGAGAAAGCAGUCAGUGCUCUUCAUUGCGUCCGGAAUGGGAGUUCUGUGCAAGAUGACCAGAGAGGGGCGCUGUCACUCUGAGCUUAGGAUGAGGAUGCUCGUUGGACGCAGCCGGACUAUUGAUGUCAUACUGAGAGGCUGAGGAGAUGAUCAUCAGGGAAUCUCAGUCAGGAUUCAAAUGCAGGAUGCUGAAAGCUGGACAUUACUUAUGCAGAUAAGAAAACAAAACAAAACAAAAAACAACAGACCUCUUGUGUGAACACCUAUUUGAUGUGGGAGAAACCUGAAGGCUGAUGCUUGACUCACCGUGUUUCUAUGCAGACACAUGCUGAAAUCAGCUCUUUUUUUUAUUAUCUUACACAAACCGGGACGUCACAUUUGCAUCUCCUCUGUGUUCAGGUGAACUCAGCCAAAUGGAUGCCAUGCAUCUUUGUGUAUUACUGUGUAAAAGUAAACUAUAUUUAUUUUCAAAUAAAUUAUUUAUUUAUUACGGCUUCUUAUGAGAGCUAUUUGUAUGGACUCUUUCAUGUAGAAAUAGGAAUACAUAAAUCUCUAAAAUAUUUAUUGCUAAGACUCACAUUUCACGUUUACGGUGGCUUCUGCUCACAUUUUUUUUUUAACGUAUGAUUUUCACAUUUUUAACUAUCAAAACUUUAAUUCACUCCCCAAAAUAUCUGAUUGGAUUAUAAAAUUUAAAAAAAAAAAGCAUUGAGAUGCUUAAACCGGCAGGAUGUUCUGGCUGUUUAAGCAUCCAAAACUCAUUUGAAAUAUUUUUAUUUAUUUAUUGUUUUUUUUCUAAAUGCACUGCAAAAUCUUAUUGUUAUGGAAAAAGUCUUUUUCUCAACUAAGAAUGUGCAAAUCUUAACGGAAUAAAACUUUGUGACACCUCAGCAUAUCCAUUCUCUGAAGUAAAAACCCAAAUUUCACUCAUUAUGUCACUCAUUAUAACUAUUAAUAAUAAUAUUAUUAUUGUGUUCUUUAUUUUUGUACAUCGUAAAAGGGAAUAAAUUUCUGAAAAAUGU